UUUUGCAGAGAAGUUGGCCUUCACAGUGUUUGUUAUGGAUUGAUAAAAAGAGCACAUUCAAGUGAAAUUACAGUGCAGCAAACUCUACAGGUGCAACUAUGUUCGGUCGGUCCAGGAGCUGGGUGGGAGGGCAGGGAAAAUCCAAAAACAUUCAUUCUCUGGACCAUUUAAAGUAUCUAUACCACGUCUUAACGAAAAACACCACCGUGACAGAUCACAACAGAAACCUGCUGGUGGAAACUAUUCGGUCCAUCACUGAGAUCUUGAUUUGGGGUGAUCAAAAUGACAGCUCUGUUUUCGACUUCUUUUUGGAGAAGAAUAUGUUUGCAUUUUUCCUCAACAUCCUACGACAGAAAUCUGGACGUUAUGUUUGCGUUCAGCUCCUUCAAACGCUCAACAUACUUUUUGAAAACAUAAGCCAUGAAACAUCCUUGUAUUAUCUGCUGUCCAACAAUCACGUCAACUCCAUCAUUGUGCAUAAGUUUGAUUUCUCUGAUGAGGAGAUCAUGGCCUACUACAUCUCCUUUUUGAAGACUUUGUCUUUGAAACUCAAUAACCACACUGUACAUUUCUUCUAUAAUGAGCACACUAAUGAUUUUGCCCUGUACACGGAGGCCAUAAAGUUUUUCAACCACCCAGAAAGCAUGGUCAGGAUCGCAGUCAGGACUAUCACUCUGAAUGUGUAUAAAGUCUCAUUGGACAACCAGCACAUGUUGCAUUAUAUCCGAGACAAAACUGCUGUUCCGUACUUCUCCAACUUAGUGUGGUUUAUAGGCAGCCACGUAAUCGAGCUGGACAAGUGUGUGCAGACGGAUGAAGAACACAAGAACAGGGGGAAACUCAGUGACUUGGUUGCGGAACACCUGGACCAUCUUCACUACCUGAACGACAUUCUCAUUAUCAACUGUGAGUUUCUCAAUGACGUGCUGACAGACCACCUCCUAAACCGGCUCUUCCUGCCCCUCUAUGUCUACUCCCUGGUCAGCCAGGAGCAGUCGGAGGAUCGCAAGAUCAACCCACAGGUCUCCCUCUACCUGCUGUCCCAGGUGUUCCUGAUCAUUCAUUACCAGCCCCUGGUCAGCGCCUUGGCCGACGUCAUUCUGAACGGAGACCUUUCCGUCUUCUCCACGCAACCUGAGCAGAGUGCUCACAAGAGCUCGGCCACCACGGGCGUGCGGCGCUUCACCAAACCACCGGAGAGCCUGGAACGCUCGUUGGAAAUGAACCGCCAUCGUGGGCGGAAGAAAACCCAGAAGAGACCCAACUACAAGAACGUGGGGGAGGAAGAGGAGGAGGAAGGGCGGGGCUCUGAGGAAGGCCCCGAGGAGGAGAAGGAAAAGGCUAAAGGUACAGAGGCUAGCUCAAAGCCGAGCAGGACGAGUGGGGACACGGAAGAGAUAGAGAUGGUAGUGAUGGAGAAAUGUAAGAUCUCAGACGUGUCCACUCUGACGGAGCAGAACAUCACAGACGAGGAGAAGAGCGCUGCAGCAGCCGCCCGUGCUGAGGGACAAAGAAACAGGCCUUUCCUGGAUCUGGUGUACAGUGCAUUAGACUGUUCUGUGGACGAUUACCAAGCUCUGUUUGUGCUGUGUCUGCUUUAUGCCAUGUCUCACAGCAAAGGUAUAAAUGCAGAGCUUUUGGAGAAGAUCCAGCUGCCUGUGCCCGAGAGGGAGAAGAGCUCCUACAGCCACGUGGUAGUGGAGAGGCUGAUUCGCAUCAUGAACCAAGCUGCUCAACCAGAUGGGAGAGUCCGUCUGGCGACACUGGAGCUGAGCUGUCUUCUACUCAAGCAGUCUGUGCUCUCCUCAACUCAGUGCAUUAUUAAGGAUGUCCAUCUAGCCUGUUUAGAGGGUGCCAGAGAAGAGAGCCUUCACCUCCUGAGAACAUUUUACAAGGGUGAAGAGAUCUUCCUGGACAUGUUUGAGGAUGAGUACAGGAGUAUGACGAGUAAGCCUCUGAAUGUGGAGUAUCUAAUGAUGGAUGCAUCCAUUCUGCUGCCCCCGACGGGAACCCCUCUCACGGGCAUUGACUUUGUGAAGAGACUGCCCUGUGGGGACGUGGAGAAGACACGCAGAGCUAUCCGUGUGUUCUUCAUGCUGCGGUCGCUGUCUCUGCAGUUACAGGGAGAGCCAGAGACCCAGCUGCCCCUCACACGCCCUGAGGAUCUCAUUAAGACAGACGAUGUUCUCGACCUGAAUAACAGUGAUCUGAUAGCCUGCAUGGUGGUGACUAAAGAUGGCGUCCAGGCCCAGCGUUUCCUGGCCGUCGACGUGUAUCAGAUGAGCCUGGUCGAACCCGAGACCAAACGGCUGGGCUGGGGGGUGGUCAAGUUCGCCGGCCUUCUGCAGGACAUGCAGGUGUCAGGAGUAGAGGAUGAUAGUCGUGCUCUGAACAUCACCAUUCAUAAGCCUACAUCCAAUCCGCACGCCAAGCCCCUGCCCAUCCUCCAGGCCAACUUCAUCUUCGCCGACCACAUCCGCUGCAUCAUCGCCAAGCAACGGCUGGCCAAGGGACGCAUCCAGGCCCGCCGCAUGAAGAUGCAGAGAAUAGCUGCUCUCCUGGAUCUACCUGUCCAGCCUUCCUCUGAGGUGUUGGGUUUUGCCCAGCCUGCUGCCGCUGCUGUCUCUCAGCUUCCCUUCCGCUUCUACGACCAGUCCAGACGAGGCCCGGCGUUUGCCACGGUGGAUAAAGUUCCAGGUUUCGCGGUGGCUCAUGUGACCCAGCAUGGCCCUACCCCCUUGUCACUGACCCCUGUGACCUCCUCCAGCAGCAGCACGGGUCAGAGUGACUCCAUCACCACCAACACUGCCUCCACCCAGUCAGCAUCACAAGGUUCCCCAGCCCUAGCUCCAGCCUUGGCCCCGAGCCUCACGCCCGCGUCCCAACCCACCAUCUCCCUCUUGUCGGACGACAACACCGACGCUUUGAGCGUGGAGUCGCUCACCCUGCUGCCCCCAGCCGACCCCCCACGCCUGCGCGCCUUCAGCACCCAGUCCUCCAUUCAGGAGGACCCCGAACCGCCCGGCGAGGAGAAGGACGACACCUCGCCCAAAGAGCAGUCGCAGGAAGACGCUUCGCCCAACCCAGAGGAGGCCAGCCUGUCCGGCAGCACCGACCCCACAGAGACCACGCCGGGCAGCACCGAAACCGAAACCACAGAACCUCUGUCGGGCGCUGCGGAGGACCAAGCCCCCAAGUCUGAGAAAGAGCCGGCCGAAGGCCAGCUGGAGCUGGAGGAGGACAGCGAGCUAGACCAGGAGACUGAAAUAGACUGAGAUGGAUUCUUAAACCUUACCUUCAUAAACCUGAUGACUCAGACCACGCGGGAUGCACUUACAACCUAAAAGCAUACAAGACAGAAUCUCAUCUGCUGUUGAAAGAAUGGGCCAGUGACAGUGUGGGACCGCAUCGUCCUGGGUUUUAUUGGUUUGUUUUUCACAGAGCUUCAGUCUUAUUUGCUUUGGAGCUCUUACUGAUGCCUGCUCUCAGACAACACUGGUGUCCUUGUUCUCUGAAAGCUUUUGGAGGUUACACAAGAGCAAGGUGUUCGUUGAUAGCAUUGUAGUCCUUCAGCAAAGUACAGCUUUCUUU